UUAAUGAAAUCAUCAUAAAGUAACUCAAUAUCCAUAUACUUGUAAAUAAUACAUUCUGUUUGAGUGGCGUGGGCUGAAAGCAUAUUUUAAUUUAAAACAGUCUAUUUUUAGCGACUAUCAGGGUUACUCGCAGGUUCACUCAUAGUGCGGCUCUCAAAACUACUUAUAGCUCGCGUUUUCUCAGCGGAAGGAGGCUGAGAGAGAGUUCAGUGUGUGUUUCACGUCUCUUCGUUGACUCCGUGAGCGGGUUUUUCGUGUAUUUGGUUGUUGCCGGACUCAGAGAGGUCGUAGGCACCAUGACGUUGACUUUACACCUCAGGCGCGCGGAAGAUUUAUUCGCGCUCAAAAUAUCCAUACAGUGAUGUUCACGACGCAUGGCGAUGUUGAACUGGUUUGGGCUUCCAGCAAGACCGAAAUCGCCUUUCCCAAUGGGACAACUGCGUUUUCCCCCACCGUAGUAACCACAGAGGAGCCCAAAAGUAAUGAGUCGUGUGGGGAGCAGCAGACUCUGGACUUGGACUUGACUAAAAAAGUGAUCAUUGGGAUGAUGCUCAGCACCAUCACCGCGGUCACUGUGAUGGGCAACACGCUGGUUGUGAUUGCGGUGUGUGUCGUGAAGAAACUCAGACAGCCGUCAAACUAUCUGCUAGUAUCUCUGGCCAUCGCUGAUCUGUCUGUGGCUGUGGCGGUGAUGCCCUUUGUCAUUGUGACUGACCUGACAGGAGGCAUCUGGCUGUUUGGGGAGGUUUUCUGCAACAUCUUUAUUGGGAUGGAUGUCAUGUGCUGUACAGCAUCAAUAAUGACAUUGUGUGUGAUCAGUGUGGAUAGAUACCUUGGAAUAACUCGGCCUUUGACCUAUCCAGCGAGACAGAAUGGACAGCUGAUGGCCAAGAUGAUAGUCGGUGUCUGGUUGGUAUCGGCAUCCAUCACUCUGCCGCCGUUCUGCGGCUGGGCUCAGAACAUCAACACUGCGGGAGUGUGUCUGAUCAGCCAGGAUGUGGGCUACACCCUCUACUCAACCGCUGUGGCCUUCUACAUCCCAAUGGUGGUCAUGCUUUUUAUGUAUUACAAGAUUUUCAAAGCUGCCCGCAAAAGUGGGGCCAAACACCACUUCACUGCACUUCCCCCAAUUCAGAAGGCCUGUCCCGAUCCAGCGUUGGCCACCGUAGAGGGGCUCUGCAUGCAUGGGAUGAAGAUCGGCGCAGCUACCGAAGAGUUUUCCACCCUGUCCUGCCUUUUGAACCGCGAACGGCGGAGUGCCUCGAUUUUCAGGCGCGAACAGAAGGCAGCCACUACCCUUGGGGUGAUCAUGGGAGUGUUUUCGUUCUGCUGGUUGCCGUUUUUCCUCUUCACCACAGCGCGGCCGUUCAUCUGCGGCCUGCUCUGCAAUUGCGCCCCUGUCUGGCUGGAACGGGUACUACUGUGGCUGGGCUAUACCAACUCGCUCAUGAACCCUUUCAUCUAUGCCUUCUUCAACCGAGACCUACGUUCAACUUAUAAAGACCUGCUACGCUGCAGAUAUCGAAACAUUAAUCGCCGACUCUCGGCUAAGGGAGUGCAUGAGGCCCUAAAGCUCUGACUUCUCACAAUCUGUUUAUAUGAUGGGAUGGUGCAAAUAUAUAUCUUCUUGACUCUUCUACAAGUUAAGUAGCACAAUUUGGAGAGAAUUCACUGGGGACAACAAUAAUUCUGAUUCACAGAAACAUUCUAAGAUUGUAAAGUUUCCAACCUAGGCUCAGUGGAAAAUUGUCCCUCUACCCACUUGCAAAACUCCAAAAAUGUUUCUAUACGUGCAAUUCACUGAAGAGAAUAUCAAUAACUUUUAUUCCUUUUCACACAAAUUAUGAUUAUAGGGCAGAUCAUUGGCUACUAAAGACUUAUUUUCACUAGGUUCCUUGCACAAUACUAUAAUACAACCUUGUAACAAUUAUAUACUCAUAUAUAUUUUGAUGUUUGUCUCACAGAAGCAGCUCUAUGGCUGUUCUGGCAUAGUAAACUUGCUUGGUAGCCCACCUAGUACACUGAGCAAUGCAAUUGCGAUUCAGAGCACUUGGGUGUGAGUCCAGUGAAACUCAAAUCAUGAUAAAAGAAGUGAGAUACUUCAUAACCAUGCCAGUUUUUAUUUCACAUUUGCUUUUAUCAAAAUAGCUAAGGUUCACUGCUUGACCCUUACUGUACAACAACCUGGGAAUUGAAAAGAGUGCUGGAUGAUGCGAAAAUUGACCUAUAAUCCACUUUAAGAAUGAUUUUAGGUGGCACAAUAUUUUCAAAAGUGAUAGAACAUUAAGAUUUUUGUUCAUUUUUGAACAUUUCAUCACUUUGAAAGUGUUACGAAACUCGCAAGGACCAGUGUACAAUCACUUUGCAAAAAUGUCACCUCAGGGACAUUUUUUUUCAGUGAGCCUGGGUUGAAAGUUUCUUGAAUCCACAUUCAACUAAUCUUUUCCUAUUUCGUACAAUGUACUUUUCACUGUCCACUCUGUACAUUUCCAGCUUUCAUGCUACAUAGCAAGUUUAUCCAAUCAACCUUCUGUGACACUAUCAGCAAUGAUUUUCAUGUGGAGGUCAAAGCAUAAUGCGAGUCAUAGGGAGAGUAAAAGGGCCUUAAUGCACAGUUGGAUAAAUCUGUUGUGCUUGUGUAAAGCCUUGAAUUUUUACAUGAGAUGAUAAAAUCUUGAUAUGAGUGACAAGAUAAUAUGGCCUUUCAUUUUAACAAUACAGCUAUGAAAUAAAUAGACAAAAAUGUAAAUAAAUAUAAUUAAUUAAUUAAACAAUUAAAACAAGGCGGCGAGGGUAGUAAUUUCAGAGUUUCAGUGAUUGCUACAUCAAACAUUUGAUGGCUUGCUUCAGGUACUAUGUAAAUCUGCAUGAAUGUGUAUUGCUUUAUCAACCCUUUAAAAUUGUUGACAUUUAAUUUAGAAAUUAAAUGAGUAGAUAUUAGGCCUGUUUCACACUGCCUUAUUGUCUUUUGUCCUAGAUCUACACUUUUACAAUGUACAAAUAUGUUGUUGUCUGUGUUUUAGUGGGUUUGCUGUAAUGUAAUCUGAACUGCGAAAGACGUUGAUUGACAAAGGGUUUCAAGAACUUUGUAUAAAGUAUAUACAUAUAUUGUGGCAAGAUGUGCUGAAUAUUCAGUUUAGAAUUUGAACCUCAUAGUCAACAUAUUGUCAGCGAGCUUGUAUCAGUAUUCUGCUUGCACAUGCUGUGCACUCAGUGUUUGUUUUGGAAGAUGGUGUACAAAUCUAGCGGUCUCAAUACUCAUGUUUUCUUAAUAAACA